AUGGACCAGAGCUACGAUCAUACGACCGGCCUUCAACAGGCGCACGGCUCGCCCGUGCUCGUCGACGCCAGCGGCGUCCGCGUCGCCGACAUCCAGGACUACGCCCUGAUCGGCAACAACCGUACGACCGCCAGUGUCUCGAUCUACGGCUCCGUCGAGUCCCUCUGCCUUCCCUACUUUGACUCUCCGUCCGUCUUUGCCCGUAUCGUCGACGCCGACAAGGGCGGCCAUUUCUCCAUCACCCCCACCUCCGCCUUCCGCCCGAAGCAGUACUACCUCCCCAACUCGAAUGUGCUCGCGACCAAGUUCCUGAACGACGACCGCGUGGGUCAGGUCACCGACCUCCUCGUUCCAAAGGAAGCCAACCGCUCGCGACACCAGGAUGAGGCGCCCCUGCCGUGGCUCAUCCGUAAGGUCGAGGCUGUCAACGGCAAGUGCAAGUUCCGAAUGGAGUGUGCGCCUGCGUUCAACUACUGCCGUGACAAGCACGAUGCCGAGAUGGUCGAGGACCUAUCCCGCGAGGACUACUGCAAGGAAGGACAGAAGGUCCUUUUCAAGAGCAAGGACAUGAAGCUCGACCUUCGCUAUGUCGUUGCCAGCGAGCGAGACGACGUCGCCCCGCCUUCAAUCGACCUUAAGCUCGUGAAGCUUCCCAAGCGUGACCUACUCGGCCUCUCCGCGGUCUCCGAGUUUGAGCUCGAGGAGGGCCAGGUCAUCUACUUCAUUCUGCGCGAGGUUCCCGACGAGAUGUUCAUGAACGAGAAGCAACGCGACACCGUCCAGGGCACGGUCAAGCGCGCGCAGGAGCUCGGCGUCGCCCCCGAGAAGCUCCGCAAGGCCGCCCAUCUCCUCGGUCCCGACGGCGAGCCCAUCCUGACCGAGAAGCUCGUCAGUGAGCUUAUGGACGACACGAUUGAUUACUGGCGUGGCUGGAUCGACGGGUGUAUCUACGACGGCCGAUGGAGGGAGAACGUGCGCCGUUCUGGCCUGACGUUGAAGAUGCUCAUCUUCGAGGAGACGGGCGCCAUCGUCGCCGCGCCCACGUUCUCGCUCCCAGAGUACAUUGGCGGAGCUCGUAACUGGGACUACCGCUUCACGUGGAUUCGUGACUCGUCCUUCACCAUCUACGCCCUGAUCCGACUCGGCUUCAAGCGUGAGGCGACGCGGUUCGUCAACUUUAUUCUCGACCGCCUGAAGGACCGAAACAACGACGGCUCGCUCCAGAUCCUGUACACGAUUCACGGCGGCAAGGAGGCACCCGAGGAGGUUCUCGACCACUUGGCAGGCCACAAGGGUUCGCGCCCCGUGCGCAUCGGUAACGGUGCCGUCGAUCACAUCCAGCUCGACAUUUACGGAGAGCUCAUGGACUGUGUGUACCUCGCGCAGAAGUUCUCGAACCCGCUCUCCUGGGACAGCUGGAGGGCCAUCAGGCAGGUCGUCGACUACACGUGCGAACAGGUCGACAAGAAAGAUCUGUCGAUUUGGGAGCCGCGCGGCAAGUGGGCCAACUACACGUACUCCAAGGUCAUGAUGUGGGUCGCGCUCGACCGUGGUAUCCGACUGGCGGAUAAGCGUUGCCUUCCUUGCCCGAAUAAGGAAGAAUGGACGCGCAAGCGCGACAAGCUGUACGAGACGAUCCAGGCCAAUUCGUUCAACGUCAAGGGCAACUACUUCGGCCAGAGCUACGAGCACAAUGACAUCCUCGACAGUGCGGUGCUCAUCAUGCCGCUCGUGUUCUUCUCGAACGGUGCCGACCCCAGGUUCCGGGGCACGCUCGACCAGAUCCUCAAGCCACUGGACCAGGGCGGUCUCACGGCCAACGCGAGUAUCUGGCGCUACGACACGGGCAAGACCGACGACGGUGUCGGCGGCAAGGAGGGCGCCUUCUCGCUGUGUACCCUCUGGGGCGUCGAGGCGCUCACCCGCGCGGGCAGGUACGAGAAGAAGUACCUCAACAUUGCGCAGACCAUGUUCAUCGAGUUCCUCGGGUAUGGCAACCACGUCGGCCUGUUCUCGGAGGAGAUCUCGCCCGGCGGCGAGGGCCUCGGCAACACGCCCCAGGCCUUCUCGCACGUCACCCUCAUCUCGGCCGCGUACAACCUCAACCGCGAGCUCGGAGUCAACCGUCCUCGCCUCGGUAUCAACUUCUAA